CCGACGAGAGAGAGAGAGAGAGAGAGAGACUCCCUUCUUUGUUUUUCUGGGGACAUGGAUUUUCCGUUGAGAGAAAGGAAGGAAAAUCUAUUAAAGUUUGAAACUUUUCACCUCAGAACCCUUCUUUUCUGCCUUAUAAAUAAAUGGGUGUGACCAAAAGUUUCAUUGGAAACAUUUUCUUUCUCUCUCUCUCUUUCUCUCUCUCUCUGUUAACUACUCCCUUUUCCCGUGUCUCUCCUCUGUUCUUUUCUGUCCUUCUUCAUUCACUCUGUUUGUUUCCUAGGAAAAGAAAAACUUCAAUUGGGUUUCUUUGAUUCUUUAUCUUCAUCUCAUUUUAAGGUUGUUCUUAGGCGGUGGUUGGUGUUUCUUUGUGGGACUGUCUUCACAUAAAAAAUCUCACUUUGUUUGAAGGGUUGAAGCAGAGUUUUUGAUACAGAGGUUUAAGAGUGGUAGGAGAGAAAUGGAAGGAAGAAAACAAGUUGGUUCUUCUUCUUCUUUCACUUCUGAGCUUUUUGGAUCCAAUGAGUCCCACCCAUCAUCUGCUUCUGGAGUUUUUGAAUCUAUAUUUUCUCCAUCGUCUAAGGUGUUUGGGAGAGAGUCUCUGCGCUCUGAAGUGAUUGGGAAAACAGCCAGGGAGGGAUGGAACACCAAAAUCAGUACUCCAGAUUACAUCAGUAAGGUCAGUGAUGGUGAAACUCAAAGCACAGAAAAUAAGGACAUGAGUUCUAUUUAUCAGGAGCAAAGAGUUCAACCAUGUCACCUUAGCUCAUCAAUCUAUUAUGGUGGCCAGGACAUAUAUUCUCAUCCUCAGAGUACACAGGAUUCGGGACUAAACUCUUUGUACAAGAAAGAUGGGGGAGAAGAUGAUUCAGGAAGUGCUUCUAGAGGAAACUGGUGGCAAGGAUCUCUAUAUUAUUAAGAUCACACUUGCCAAGAGUAUGCUCCUCAAGGUAAAUAGGAGGAUAGUUUAGCACUGCAGUUCAUCUUUUGUUACAUGGAAGUGUUAUACUCUAGUGAGAACGUUGUGGAUGGCUAGUUGCUUUCUCCAGCCAAACAACAGAAUCACAAUAUGAAGCUGUAUUCAUACGCAUUUCUUUCUAUUUUCAAAGAAUAUCGUACUCAGCGAUCGUAAUGUAAAAGUUGCAUGUUAUAGGAACUACGUGAAUGAUCAGCUCUUCUCUUAUGUGGCUGAAGCUUUGAAGUUUUUAGUUUCAUUGUAGAAACUCUCUUUUACUGGUUUCCCCCCUCUACUUUGUAUUUCAGAUGUGAUGGUUUGAUGAAUAUGGAUUUAUCAUUAGCCUUCUCUUAUGUGGCUGAACUGAAAUAAUUUACUUUA